GCAAAUUCCUCUAAAUAUUUGCCUACUAGCGACAAAGCUCGCUCAAUAUUUUUUCCGUAAUCUCUGCUGUGUCCCUUUCAGUGAUGAUAUUCACGCCUUUUUUCAGCUGAGCCUCUCCCAAGGUAGAACCCAGCAGAUGAGGUAAUUUCAAAAUAAGUGGACCUCAAAAUGAUGUCCGAAAUGAGCGAUGAAAACCUCUACAGCAGUUCUGCUUCUGAUACAGACGAAGAUGAAUUUCACAAAUGGCCACGAGUCGAAAGAACAUCCAGAUUUUCGCUAGUUUUCUUUAUUCUCGGAGUUUCUCUGAUAGUGCCCUUCACCACAUUCGUUUGUGCGGCUGAAGAUGUGUUAGCAGGAACUAAUAAACCAACAGGAUUGGUGAUUAUAUCGUUAACAGCUCCUUCGUGCAUUCUCAAGGUAGUGUCGCUGUGUUUUCAUCAAGUGUCGUACGUCGCUCGCGUUUUCUUCACGGCCACAUUUGUCCUCGCAGGGCAGUUGUGUACAGUGUUCAUUUCCAACCUUGAAGGUCGCAUAGUGGGAGUUUGUUUGGUUUCUGUUGGAACAGGAAUUGGAGAAGUUUGUCUUCUCAUGCAAGCUGCAAAAAUGCUGGAAGAAGCUGCCCUAUGUUCGUUUAUAAUAGGAACCGGAGCUGGUGCAGUUCUAGGUGCUGCCUCUUACGUGGGCUUGACAGUCUGGGCCACAGUAGACCCAAGAACAGCCAUAUUGGUGUCCGCUAUAUGGCCGCCGUUGUUUCUCCUUUUGUUCACAGUUUCACGCGGAAAUCUUCAUCUCGUCUGCAAUUCACAAACUUCUGGGUCAAUAUCACGGUUUGAACGGCGAAACUUUGAAGUUGACUGUCGUUUAACUCCACGCUGGAGAGAAAGAUCUCUGUCGGUUUUGAAGUCUUGCCCUCAUUUGUUGGUUUUGUUCUUGGUUUAUUUUGGAGAAUAUAUUGUCCUUUCGGCAAUCCUGACGACGCUAGUAUUUGAAGGGACAGGCGUGGGUCCAGAAUUUGUUCCUAGGGGACAUUUUGAGCACUAUGUUCUGAGCACCAUGGUUGGAGAGUUCCUUGGUCGAACUUUUAUUUCCAUGCUUCGCGCCGUCGCGCCAGGAUUUUUCUGCAUUUCAGCCUCAGUGCUCGCGAUUUUUCCUCUUGCCCAGACCAUUUUCCUUUUACUAGCGACCUGGUACCGACUAGUUCCAGAGGUGUGGAUUAUUUGGCUGUUGUGCUUCAUUCAGGGCACAAUUUGUGGGAUGAUCUUCUCGAACUCGUACCACAUCAUUGCGAGAAGGUUCCUCUCGCAGCACGUCAUAUUCACUAUCACGCUUGCGUCUAUCUUAGAGACCGCUGGUAUUCUGACUGCGGGCCUGAUUGGCUGGCACAUCGAACCUUUGCUCCUCGGGCGCUGUAUUCACCAUUUUGGAAAUAGAUCGGAUUGUUUAACACGAAGUACGGACCCAAGUUUUUGGGAAUACGGGAAUAGGUUUAACUAUGAUAGCAGAACUGCAUUAUCGCUAUAAUUGAAAGAGGCGUGGAUAAUUAUUUUUAUACUUAAACAGUGAGAUAGUAUAGCUGGAAAAUAUUAUUUUAACUCCUUUAUUCCUGCAACGAUUACAAUUUUUUUGGGCACAAAUCCCGCGCGCGUUGCUCAGAAUUGAGUAGCAAAGGAAAUUAUUUGAGUA